AUGCUUGAUUAUAUACAAGAAGCAUGGUGGUCACCAAUAUUAACACCAUCAUCAUUAAUUACACAUUUAUCUAUAAUUGCAAGUCAUUUAUUCGUUUGUGAAGGAAUACAUUUAUAUGAAAGUGGUCUUAUAUUAGUUUUAUUAAUUGAACAAUUUUUUCCAUUACCAUUUAAUAAACAAUUAUUACCUAAAUAUAUACCAUAA